AUGCCUGGUGUGAUCAAUCCUGAGCGAUCGUCGCAAAAGCGCAAGCGUGCUACUGAGGAUAUUUCCAAAAACAGUGGAAAGUCCCGGAAAGCACCGAAGACCACGCAAAAGGACGACCAGGCUCGAAUAUUGGCUCUAGAAGAGCAAAUCGUAGAUUCUCACGAACAUUACGACAAGAUUCUCCAUCUCCAAAAGCUUGCAGACCGGGAUAUCGAAAAUUCGGAGACCGCUGUCAUCGCGGCCGUAACACUAUGUCGAGUAUUCUGUCGCCUUAUCGCGGGAGAACGAUUUGUCAAGAGGAAGGACUCGUCGGAAAAGGUCAUUGAGCAGGUACAGUGGCUUAGACAGAGGCUGAGCGAUUAUGUGCAAGGCUUAUCGGGCUGGUUGGGAAGUCCCGAUCCUGGAAAAGAAAACACAUCACUUACAUUGCUGAUGCGCAUCGUGAAGGCCGAAACAUCAACUGGUCGAAAGAGCGGAGAGCAAGUUUGGAGGACUGAAGGGUCGUCCUUUACAACUGUGGUUCAGCGGCUACUUACAGAGACCGCAGCAGAAGGCGCCAGACAAGAGUUUGUUGAGAGCUUCGUAGAGGAACACGAUGACGUUCGGUUUUACACAUUUCUGGCUAUCAAGCAGAACCUUGCAGCGAGAAAAGGGCAAGCUGCGAUGGCGGAGAACGCGCUGGACAUGUUGGCGAAGAUCACAGGCAUUCCAGAGUCUGCUGAUCAACUGGAAGAUUGGUAUGGAUCUGCGCCGGACACCGAAAAGCAUCAGCUACGGUCUCUCGGUGGACAUCACAAAGGAGCACGGGAAGCGUGGCUUGCAGUUUUCCAAUCGCCACUGUCGGCAGAACAUCGCAAGACCAUACUUGCGGUGAUGAACACUCAGAUUCUACCGUGGUUUGCGGGUCACAUCGAGCUGCUCACAGACUUCUUGACGGAUUCAUUCAAUCAAGGCGGCUCCACGGCUCUUCUUGCCUUAAACGGCAUCUUUCACCUUAUGACCGUGAAGAACAUUGACUAUCCUGAGUUUUACACAAAGCUUUACAGCCUAUUGGACGAUAAGAUUCUGCACAGCAAGUAUCGCAGUCGCUUUUUCCGACUACUGGAGACAUUCAUGGCUUCAACCCACUUGCCAGCGACAAUGAUAGCAAGUUUCAUCAAACGUCUGUCUCGAUUAGCACUUCAUGCGCCUCCAGGAAGCAUUGUCUGGGUCAUCCCUUGGGUCUACAACAUGUUGAAGCAGCAUCCGCCCUGUACAUUCAUGUUGCAUCGACCUUAUCAUCCGGCACAUACCAUCUAUGCUUCGCAGCCGAACUACAAUGAUGAGGGAAUUGACGAUCCAUUCGAUAUGAAGCAGGAGGAUCCUUUGUCGACCGGCGCCAUCGAUUCGAGCUUGUGGGAACUGGAGACCUUACGCAGCCAUUAUCAUCCCAAUGUCGCUACUUUGGCUAAAAUCAUGGGCGAGCAAUUUACGAAACGGAAUUACCAAUUGGAAGAUUUCCUGGACCACUCAUAUGCAUCUUUGAUUGAUGCAGAGCUUGGUAAGGAGAUCAAGAAGAUGCCUGUGGUCGAGUGGGACAUUCCCAAGCAUAUCAUUACGAUGGAAGAUGGAGCUGGCUUGAACAGGAUUGGCAGUCUACUGAACUCUGCUUGCAACUCGUCAAGGUAG